AUGGCUACUGAAACCCAGACAAGGAAGACUGUGUCUCAAGUUUUGGCAUCGCUAUCCCUCACAGGAUCCCCUGUUCCUAUUCGUUCGACUGGUUCCCUUGAAAAGCUUGACAAAAUUGAUGUUACUCCAACCAUUGGCACCGAGUUCGGGAAAAGCGUUCAACUCUCUCAGCUUUUAAAAGCGGAGAAUUCUGACACAUUGAUCCGCGACCUUGGUGUCCUGAUUUCUGAGCGUGGUGUCGCAUUCUUCAGGGACCAAGACAUCACCAUUGAGGAACAAAAACAACUAGGCACUCGAUUGGGUGAACUUACCGGAAAGCCUGAAUCCUCGAAGCUCCACGUUCAUCCCUUGACGGAGACCAAUGCCGAACUUGGGGACGAAAUCAGCGUCAUCUCUAGCGAACGCCGUGCAUCUUACACUCGACCCGACUUUUCACGCCUUGCUAGCCGCGGAUGGCACUCGGAUAUCACAUUUGAGCCUAUCCCCUCAGACUAUGCUAUCCUCAAACUACGUGAGCUCCCCAAGUUCAACGGAUCUGUGACUGGAGGUGACACUCUCUGGGCAUCUGGAUAUGAAGUUUAUGACCGCUUAUCCCCUUCGUUUGCGAAGUAUCUGGAGACUCUGACUGCAGCACACGAAGCCCACUUCUUCCGAGAUGCUGCCAUUGCCUUCGGGUAUACAGUUCGGGAUCAGAUCAGAGGAUCUCCUGGGAAUUUCGGAGAUGCAUUGGAAGCCGUUCAUCCUGUUAUUCGAACCAACCCAGUGACCGGAUGGAAGAGCGUUUACGUUAACCCGGAAUUCACCAAACGCAUUAUUGGUGUAACUAAGGAUGAGUCUGAUUUCAUUCUGAAUUACUUGUUUAGUUUGAUUCACCAAAACCAUGAUCUACAAGUUCGGUUCAAGUGGAACAAGAACGAUGUUGCGAUCUGGGACAACCGUAGCAAUUACCAUACUGCUACUUACGAUUACGAAAAAGUUCUGCGUGUUGGGGAUCGUGUUGUCUCAUUGGGCGAGAAGCCUUACUUUGACCCCAAGAGUAAAUCUCGUCGGGAGCACUUGGGUGCUCAGCACUCGUUCAACUUGGGAGAAACUGCUGUUUAA